AGCAAAAAGCGUGGGCAGUUGGAGAAGCAGCAGCCAGAGUGUGAAGAAGCCAACGGAAGGAAAGUCCAGGGAGGAGGAAAAGAAGCAGAAGUUUUGGCAUCUAUUCCCUGGCUGUGCCAAGAUGGGCGAUUGGAGCUUCCUAGGAAAUUUCCUGGAGGAAGUACACAAGCACUCGACCGUGGUAGGCAAGGUCUGGCUCACUGUCCUCUUCAUAUUCCGUAUGCUCGUGCUGGGCACAGCUGCUGAGUCUUCCUGGGGAGAUGAGCAGGCUGAUUUCCGGUGUGAUACGAUUCAGCCUGGCUGCCAGAACGUCUGCUACGACCAGGCUUUCCCCAUCUCCCACAUUCGCUACUGGGUGCUGCAGAUCAUCUUUGUCUCCACGCCCUCUCUGGUGUACAUGGGCCACGCCAUGCACACUGUGCGCAUGCAGGAGAAGCGCAAGCUACGGGAGGCCGAGAGGGCCAAAGAGGUCCAGGGCUCUGGCUCUUACGAGUACCCGGUAGCAGAGAAGGCAGAACUGUCAUGCUGGGAGGAAGGGAAUGGAAGGAUUGCCCUCCAGGGCACUCUGCUCAACACCUAUGUGUGCAGCAUCCUGAUCCGCACCACCAUGGAGGUGGGCUUCAUUGUAGGCCAGUACUUCAUCUACGGAAUCUUCCUGACCACCCUGCACGUCUGCCGCAGGAGUCCCUGUCCCCACCCUGUCAACUGUUACGUAUCCCGGCCCACAGAGAAGAAUGUCUUCAUUGUCUUUAUGCUGGCUGUGGCUGCACUGUCCCUCCUCCUUAGCCUGGCUGAACUCUACCACCUGGGCUGGAAGAAGAUCAGACAGCGAUUUGUCAAACCGCAGCAGCACAUGGCUAAGUGCCAGCUGUCUGGCCCCUCUGUGGGCAUAGUCCAGAGCUGCACACCACCCCCUGACUUUAAUCAGUGCCUGGAGAAUGGCCCUGGAGGAAAAUUCUUCAAUCCCUUCAACAAUAAUAUGGCCUCCCAACAAAACACAGACAACCUGGCCACUGAGCAAGUACGAGGUCAGGAGCAGACUCCUGGGGAAGGUUUCAUCCAGGUUUGUUAUGGCCAGAAGCCUGAGGUGCCCAAUGGAGUCUCACCAGGUCACCGCCUUCCCCAUGGCUAUCAUAGCGACAAGCGACGUCUUAGUAAGGCCAGCAGCAAGGCAAGGUCAGAUGACCUAUCAGUGUGACCCUCCUUUAUGGGAGGACCAGGACCAGGUGGGAACAAAGGAGGCUCAGAGAGGAAAGACGUGCCCCUUCUGAACUGAUGCUUUCUCGCUGUCAUCACUGCUUGGCUGCUUUGAGCCCCGGGUCUCAGUGACGUUGCUCAUUAAUUCUAGAAACUAUAACCAGGGCUCUGGGAUAGUAAGAGACGUGACUACCCACCCAGACUGCAGUUCCCUCCCCACCCUCUACCCAGUAUACGAAGCCUUUCAGAUUACUCAUGAAACAGGGUAGAGGGAAAGAAGGGAAGCAUGGCAAAAGCUGGCCUGGAAGGGAUAGCCAGAGGGAUAGAAUGACUCCCUCUCUACAUACCAGCAACAUACCAAAUGCGUUCUCUAAGUUCCUACCUCCUUGACCUGAUCACCCUCCCUCCUCCAAGGAAGAGCUCAAAGUUCCCAGCCAAUAGAGAGCAUGAAUCAAGGAACUUGCAUUAUAUGUGCUCUUGAAUCUGUUGUCUCCAUGGACCAUUCCUUGGAGUAGUGGUGAGAUGGCCUUGGGUUGCCCUUGGCUUCUCCUCCCUCUACUCCGUCUUAAAAAGGGCUUCUUGGAACUUUACCAGCAGCCUCAACUUUACAAAUGCCUUGGUAUGUAUCUCUGGCAAAUGCGCCACCUUGGUGAUGUUGCAACCUUUCCCUCUGCCAGGGUGUACACCUAGCCUGUGAAGGUGUCAGCUCUGCUAGGGAGUCACUGUACACACAAACUCCACUGGAAUUCCUGCCAACAUCUGUCACCCUGCAGCUCCUUUACUGUUCAAUCCAAUGAUAGAAACCACCCCUUCCCUUUCUCCCUUGGCUGUUCACCCAGCCAUUCCCUGAAGGCCUUAUCAACAGGAAUAUCCAAGAAGCUGUUGUCCUCUCUCGAACCCUGACCAGAUCAUCAGCCACUGAGGCCAGUGGAAUUUCCCCAGGCCUUGUUAAAACAAAGAAAGCAUUGUACUUCUCAGAUUCCCCUUGUGGAAAAAAAAAUUCUGCUGUGAAGAUGAAAAUAAAAAUGGAGAGAAAACACUGGAAAACUAUUUUCCCCUCCUAUUUACUUCCUUUGCUGACUGCCAACUUAGUGCCAAGACGAGGUGUGAUGACAGCUACGGAGGCCCCCAGAUCUCUCCCUCCUGGAGGCUUUAGCAGGGCCAUGGAAAUAGUAGGGGAAUCUCCAGCUCUCUUGGCAGGGCCUUUAUUUAAAGAGCACAGAGAUUCCUAUGUCUCCCUAGUGCCCCUAAUGAGACUUCCAAGUGGGGGCUGUAGAAAAGCCUUGCCUUCCCCAGGGACUGGCCUGGUUGCUGUUGUUUUGGA